CUGCCGAGCCCAGGCGUCGUCAGUCUAGUCUACAACGCCGAGGUUCGAGCACUCACGGCUGGCAUGUUCGCUUCGCUCCCACCAGGGAGUCGGAAAUUCGACAUUAUUCAUCUUUUAACAACAGAAGGCGGCUUUUGAUCAGUGAAAAAGCGGCGGAUAUUUGCGCUGCGGGGGAGUCAGACUGGUUCUUGCUGCAGCCAUUUUGGAUUAUCAAAUCACACUGAGGAUUAGUGGGUGAAAGUUGGCUCCAAUCCCGCUGGCCCUUCCCCAUGAGGAAAGAUGGGGAAUGGCUUCUCAGAACAACCUAGCUUCCUGGCCAGCAUCCCCUUCUUCCAAUCCUUCCACAUCGCAAUCCUUGGGCUGGACUCGGCCGGGAAGACCACUGUGCUGUACAGGCUGCAGUUCAACGAGUUUGUCAACACGGUGCCCACCAAGGGUUUCAACGCCGAGCGGGUGCGGGUGUCUUUGGGCGGCCACCGCUCCGUGACCUUCCAGUUUUGGGACGUGGGCGGCCAGGAGAAGCUGCGGCCGCUGUGGAAGUCGUACACGAGAUGCACGGACGGUAUCAUUUUCGUGGUGGACUCGGUAGAUGCCGAGCGCAUGGAGGAAGCUAAGACCGAGCUCCACAAAAUCGCCAAGACUUCCGAGAACCAGGGGGUGCCGCUGCUGGUGGUGGCCAACAAGCAGGACUUGAGGCACUCCCUGGGCCUGCCGGAGAUCGAGAAGCUCCUCGCGCUCAAGGAGCUGAGCCCGGCCACGCCGUGGCACCUGCAGCCCGCCUGCGCUAUCAUCGGGGACGGGCUCAGGGAAGGUCUGGACCGACUCUACGACCUGAUCUUGAAACACAGAAAGGCGAUUCGGCAGCAGAAGAAGAAGCAGCGAUAAAAACUGCAGAGUUAUCGGUGAAGGAAUGUCUGGAGUUGAAUCCAGCGUCAACAUUGUUGUCUCAGUUCUUUGAGCUUGAAGGUUUGUCGGGCUGUGUUCACACUUGUCAUGUUUGCUCUCCUAACGCGGUCGGUUUGGUCCAGCCAAACUACAUUCAGCAGGUCUGGUGUGAACCUUUUGAUUAGAACUGAGACCACUUAACUUGCAGUUGGGCUCACCCAAGCUCAAUUGUGAAUAGCACACGGAGGGCGGACGAAGUCUGCUCGAAGGAUUCAACUGUGGUGCCGUUUUUUCUUUGGUCAAGUGUGAAUGUACCAAAUAAGAUGACUGAGUCUACUCGGAGAGCUGGUACCGGUCCUGCUUGCAAGUGAGUGGACCGAACAAAAACAAAAGUAGUCGCUAACUCCCAAGUGUGAACACAGCCUUCAGUCAUGUGACCAUGCUGUGGAUCAGGAAGUGAUGUGUAAAGGAACAAAGUAUGAUGAUGAGAAAGUUCUAGACAUGUAUGGCUUUCAAGAUGUGAGAAGGUUUGGGGUCUGGAAGAGUGAGUAGGUACCAAGAUGUGAUUGAAAGUGGUUGUUCUAUUCUUACCAAAAAAUAUUUUAAAUUAAAAAAAAAUAACUAGACGGGUUAGAUCAAUGAAAUUUUCACUUUUUUUAUGCUAACUCAUCUUUUUUUUUUUUUUAACACUUCAUAUACGUGAAGGCAAAGUAUUAUUGUGCAUUUUUGAUUGAUUUUUGGUUGCUGUCUUCUAUCUCCCACCUAAAAGCACUUUAGAUGAUCACUUCUUAUGGAGUUUACAGUUUGUUAGCUGGACUUUUUAAAUAUGCAUUAUUCGACCACUUUUGACAAAUGCUAUUUUGAGCCGGUUGCCGCGUUAUCAUGAGAUUUUUUUUCUUUUUUUUUUGAUAAAUAAAAACCUAUUUAGUGCACUGGUGAAAA